AUGGCGCGCCCGAGCAAGCAAUUCAAGAAGUUUGCUGCGUCAGGCAAGCUCACCGACACCAUCAAGAAGCGCCGCGCGACCAAGGAGAAGAAGAAGAAGUUCGAUGAGAAGGUCCAGCAGCGUAUUCACCAGCGCGGUGCCCGACGACCCGAGCAUGAGAUCAGUGACGACGAGGCUGGCGAUGACGACGACGAGCAGGCCUCGAAGGGUCCGGGAGGAGGAAAGGCCGGUGGUGUUGCCAAGACUGUUGACGAGCUCUUCGGUGCCGGUGGUCUCGAGGUUCCCUUCGAGGAAGGAAGCGACCUCGAGGACCUGAGCGAGGCGGAUGAGGAUGAGGAUGACGAUGACGAAGACUCUGAGGGACCCGAGGAUGAGGACUUUGACGAGGAGGCGAUGAAGAAGGCGAUGGCGGCGCUUGAGAAGAACGACCCCGAGUUCUUCAAGCAUCUCAAGGCUGAGGACCCCGAACUGCUCAACUUCGGCAAGGGCAAGAACCGCAUGGACGUCGACGAGGAUGACAGUGAGGACGAGGAUGCCGACGAGGAGAUGGACGAGGACGUCGCCGACGAUGAUGUUGCUCCGCGCAAGACCGUGGUCACCAUGAAGAUGCUCCGUGGAUGGCGUGAGGCCAUGCUGAAGCAGCACUCGCUUCGCUCAUUGCGCAAGAUGCUCCUCGCUUUCCGCGCUGCUGCGCACAUGAAUGAGGACGAGGGUGCGCAGGGUGAGGGCCUCGAGACCAAGUACACCAUCCCCAGUGCCGAGGUCUUCAACAAGCUGGUCUUGACUGCUCUCAAGUUCACCCCCGUCGUACUCGCCCACCACCUGCCCUACAAGACUUUGCCGAACGGUCGCAUUCGCCUGCAAGCCGCCAAGAAGUCGGCUCCUGCGAACCUCGACCGUCUCAUCCUCUCGCACUUCUCGACCCUGCUUCAUCUCAUCAAGUCGCUUCCGACCACUCCUUCCGCGAUCAGCGGCGACGACGAGGCCGACGCCGGGUCGCUCCUCGCGACCGCUGUGGCCGAGAGCGCCAAGCUCAUCCCCUGGAUUCUGUCCGCCCGCAAGCACCUCCGCGCUUAUCUCAAGGUCCUGCUCGAUCUGUGGUCGUCGGCCAGUGACAGCGUUCGUGUCGCCGCCUUCCUAGCUAUUCGCAAGCUGUUCGUUGCUGGUGACGAGGCCGUCAAGGACAUCGCUCUCCGCAACAUUUACCGCGCGCUUCUCCCGCCCAUGCGCCUCACGUCGGUACACACCCUCCCGUCAAUCAACCUCAUGAAGAACACGGCCGCCGAGCUGUACCAGCUCGACCCGCAGCUCGCCUAUCAGCACGCGUUCACCUUCAUUCGUAUGCUCGCGGUUCACCUCCGUACCGUCGUGCGCUCCGCGACCUCUGGCAAGGGCGGUGAGGACGGCCAGGCGUUCCGCUCCGUGUACAACUGGGCAUUCGUCCACUCCAUCGACUUCUGGUCUCAGGUCCUUGCCGGUGCCGCUGGCACUGAGGCGCAGGCCGCACGUGGCGGCCUUGAGUCGCCGCUGAAGCCGCUGAUCUACCCGCUCGUGCAGAUUGCGCUCGGUGCUGUGCGUCUCCUCCCGAGCAGCCGCUACUUCCCUCUCCGCUUCCACAUCAUUGCCUCGCUCAUUCGCCUCGUUUCUCAAACAGAGACGUACAUUCCGCUGUCGCCGUUCCUACUCGAGAUCCUUGACUCGAGCGAGUUCCGCCGCUCGAACCCGAAAAAGGCGACGCUGAAGCCCCUCGACCUGGCGUACGUGAUCCGCGCACCCGCGGCCUACCCCAAGACGCGCGUGUAUCAGGAGGUUUUGGGCGAGGAGCUCGUGUGGCUGCUCGCCGACUUCCACGCCCAGCUCUCGAACCACAUCUCUUACCCCGAACUCGUUCUGCCCGUCAUCGUGUCCGUGAAGCGGCACAUCAAGCGCGGAACCGCUGGUUCGCCGAAGGUUGCCAACCAGCUCAAAACGCUCGUGGACAAGCUCGAGGCGAACCGCACGUUCAUCGAGGGCAAGAGGAGAAACGUCGGCUUUGCGCCCCGCGAUCGCGCCGAGGUUGCUCGCUUCAAGGAGGGCAUCAAGGUCGAGACAACGCCGCUUGGCACCUGGGUCAAGGUCCAGCGCAAGGUCCGCGCACAGAGGCGGAAGGAGAUUGAGAAGGCUCUUCGUGAGCAGGAGUCUGACGACGAGGAGUAG